UUAUCCCCCUCCGGCCGCGGCCUAUCCACCCCGCACGCACGCACGCACGCCCAGCAGGCAAACCAUGGCGCUCUCCGUCUCCUCCCUCGCAUCGGCCUUCUCCCACCUCUCCCUCCCCUCCACCUCCGCUCCCCACCCGCCCCCUCUCCUCCGCCUCCCCACCACCCGCCGCGCCGCUCGCCUCGUCCUCUUCGCCUCCGGGGCCGACGCCGCCGAGCCGGUCCUCGAGGCGGAGGCGCCUGCCGCCGACGACGGCCCCGAGGAGGUGCUCGCGGUUGAGGCCGAGGAGGACGCGCUCUCCGGGCUGGCGCUGCGCAAGUACGUGAAGCAGCGGCUGCCCGGGGGAUUCGCCGCGCAGCGGAUCACCGCCACGGGCCGCCGGAAGAUGGCGUCCGCCCGCGUCGUGCUCCAGGAGGGCACCGGGAAGGUCUUCAUCAACUUCCGCGACGCCAAGGAGUAUUUGCAAGCGAAUCCGAUGUGGGUGGAGUAUUGCAAGAUCCCCCUGGUGACUCUAGGGUUUGAGAACAACUACGACGUCUUCGUGAAAGUUCAGGGAGGUGGCCUCUCAGGCCAGGCCCAGGCGAUCUGCCUCGGUGUGGCGCGUGCGUUGCUGAAGAUCAGCCCCGCCAACAGAGUUCCCCUGAGGUCAGAAGGCUUGCUGACGAGAGACACUCGCGUCGUCGAAAGGAAGAAGGCGGGUCUCAGGAAGGCGCGCAAGCGUCCCCAGUUCUCCAAGCGUUAAGCUGGAUACUUCAUUGUUGUUAGAGUCAUUUCUGCGCCAUCUUUCCCCACUUGAAAAAAAGGCCCUCUCGUGUCUUUGUUCUGUGCUGGACGCCACAGAUUUGUAAUAUUCGUUUUCUGAAAGAAAUUUUCUUGAGGUUACAGAA